AGGAGCAGACAUAUGGUGAGUGAGGGGCUGGUCAGUAUAAAGGCAGACCCGGGCUGGAUACAAGCACCAGUCACCCACCACCAACACUACACAACAUGACUCAAAAGGCAGCUCUAAUGAUGGUGAUGGUAGUGGGUGUGGCUCUCGCUGCCCCUUCCGAUCCCUACGGACCUCCACCACAAAAUGGUUACCAGUCGGGGAUGCCACACAACUUCGCCUACACUGUGAGGGACGAGUACGCCGGCACCAACUUCGGCCACAGCGAGGACUCUGACGGCAACACCGUCCAGGGCACCUACAAUGUAGACCUCCCUGACGGCCGCAAGCAGACGGUGACCUAUGAGGCUGAUCACUCCAAAGGUUUUAUUGCCGACGUCCAGUACUACGGCGAGGCCCGACAUCCUGACCAAUACAAUCCCCCCGUCACCUUCAAGCCCCAGUCUUAUGGCCAGCCCCAGCCCUCAUACCACCCCCAACCUACCUAUAACUGAAAGCUACUGCUACUGCCAUUACCUUUCACCAUGACCAAAGUUACUGUUGUUUAAAAUGUGUUACUGUUGACAAUAAAUUUUAGCUUAUUCCA